AUGGGUUUAAUGCGAACUGAACCGGUGUACGGAAAGACGGUUAUGGCGAGUUUGCGGGUGGUCCAUGAUUCGAUAGAUGUGUUUUUUGAACGGCUCUAUGCGAACAACGUGCGUUUAGGGGUCCUUUUGCGUCAGAAUUACAAAUACACGGGUCUGACGCAGGUGAUAGUCUAUCUGCGUCAGGAGCGUAUUCAUGCUGCUGGGCCGAGUUUGCGUGGAGGUCAGGCGGUGAAGGAAGAGCUUCAGGGUGAUCGGUAUGCCAUGGACGGCACCUUGGCGGCUCUCGGCGACUUGCGCGCGCAGCUAAAUAAUCAGCGUAAGGAAAAUAAGGUGUCGCAGAAGGAUUUGCGAAAGCGGAUUGACGAAAGUAAGCGUCAGCGUGGUGCACCAGGUGAGAAGCCCAAGCAAAAACGUACCAGAUAUGAGGCCUCGGAGGAAGAGGAAGAGGUCGAGCUGUCAGGUGGUGAGCCUGGUGAGGCUUUCAAGGCGGGCAUGAGGAGGAUUAAGUGCUUCAAGUGCCACAAGCAAGGGCACAUAGCAGCUAAUUGCCGGAACGAAGGCAAAUGA